GAGAGAGAGAGAGAGAGAGAGAGAGAGAGAGAGAGAGCGGCAAAUGUAUAUAAAUAGAGCAACAUGCACGAUUAGAACAAUCGUUGUAAUGUAUCAGACGUGAAGUUUUGGUGGAUUUCGUCUGUGUUUACCAACGUUUUGUUAGCGAUGCAGUGUGAAGUGUGCGCAAGGCAUUCUUUCUGCCUUCUGGUUAUUUACUGUUUGUAUUUUAUUUUCAGAGCUCACAGUGCCCCCAUUUCUUCAGAGGCACCAGGCUUACAUCCACGUUCAAUGAACUCAGCUGUCAUUGCUAUGGGCUGCAAUGUUACCACCUCGCAUGACGACUUUUCAGAAUUGGAAUAGUUCUGGUUCCUUGAUGGACGACCUACAGAUGUGGAUACAUCACGUUUCCUGGACCCAUAUGGUUCCUCUAGAGCUGGUCAGAG